AUGGGUAAACCGAAACGAAAUAGUAUGCGAAUUGAUGAGCCAACGUCAAAACCUGCAGGUGUUGACAAGUCGUCUCUCUCUUCACCAGAAAGUAAUUCCCUCGGUCCACGUGCGGUAAGUGCAACGCAACUACGCACUAAGCAAGGUGCCGAUAAUUUACUUCACAAGAUCAAAAAGAAACAAAAGAUACUUCGGACAAAAGCCAAGAAAAGGCAAGAACAGGGAAUUAAACGAGCUUUGAUGAUUAGAGAAAAAGUGGAAGUUAAAAUUGAAAAAGCAUUAGAUAAAUUGAGUAAAAAGAGACAUUUGAAAUCAAUCUGGGAGUAA